UAUUAUAACAAACAAAUAUUCAAGUUCAAACUUUGCAACUUUUUGUACAACACAUACAAAAGUGGAAAGUUAAUUAUAGCAAGAAAGAUCCAAUUAGGGGCUACCUGAAAACACAAAAAAAAUGGUUACAAAGAUGAAAAUUGCACUAGUCUUGAUGACUAUUUUGGCGGUGUUGCCGGGGAAUAUAGUAGCGGUUGAUCAUAUAGUUGGUGAUACUAUGGGAUGGACAAUUCCCUCAGGGCCUACAACUUAUGCAAAUUGGGCUUCAGGACGUACCUUCAGAGUUGGUGAUACUUUAGUGUUCAACUUUGCAACUGGAGCACAUGAUGUAGCCAAAGUAACAAAGAGUGCAUAUGAUUCUUGUAGCUCCUCAAGUCCUAUUACUCUUAUUACUGUUGGACCAGCCAAUAUUACUCUAAAUUCCACAGGUAGUGAGUAUUUUAUUUGUACUUUUGGCCAACAUUGUAAUGCUGGCCAAAAACUAGCUAUCAAUGUUACAACAUCUUCCACUACUACUCCUAGCCCUGCCCCAUCCCCUGCUACCUCCCCUGCCCCAUCACCCGUCCCGAACCCUACCCGUGCACCAACGCCAACGCCAAGUCCAUCACCAUCAGCCGGUCCAUUUGGACCGUCUCCUAGUCCAAGUGGUGGUGCAGGAGCUUCACCAUCGUCUGCACCACCACCUGGACCAGUCACACCGGAGCCUACUACUCCUUCACCUACGACACCAAGCGAUGGUCUAGUUCCUCCACCGGCUCCAAGCUCUGCCUCGCGAAGCGUUUUUGCACCUGCCUUGAUCAUGUUCAUGUCCAUUGCUAUUAGUAUCAUGUGGUAGAUUCUAGUCACUUGAGUGUUUGUAUAACUUUUUACAUAUGAGUUUGUAUCAUUAUAGGACAUGGUCAUUGUAUACUUGAAAUAUUGUUCAUUGAUUUGAGUAACUAGUGAUUGUGUGAGUUUUUAAUAGAAGUAUCUUUCUUUUAGUUGUGAGUAUA